AUGGUGAAGGCAACAAGAGGAGACUCACCGGGAAGCAUGAAACUGCAGAUAUCAACUCUUUCUCUUGGCAUCGGUGAGAGUAGGAAGAGAUACAGAGAAGAAGGUAAAGGGUAUUUCGACGAUCAAAGGCCUUCGUCUAAGAUGGAUCCUUAUCUUGUGACCGCCAUGAUCGCUGAAACCACUAUCCUCGGCUAA